GCCAUACCCGAAAAGGAGGAGGCGCCACGCGUUCUUCCUUUCCUUUGGUUGUGUGCUGAUAGAUAAGUAUAAGGAUCCCCACCGCCCGCCCUGAGGAAUGCGAUCACAUCGGAGGGAAUCGAGUCAUUGUGUCGCUUUCUCUCGGCUCAUUCAGAGACGCUCCAACAUGCAGCAGCUGCUGAUCCUUCCCGUUCUGCUGGCAUCCUUCUGCACGGUGUGCGCCGGAGCAGGAGGCUGGUGCUACUACAGCCAGUCAACCUGCGAUCAUCCGUGCAGCGUACCAGAGAAGUGGCCCGGCGGCUACAUGGACUGUGGAGGAAAAUCCCAGUCACCCAUCAAUAUCGUCACCAGGAAGACGGUGAAAGAUGAGCGCCUGACUCCUAUUGAGUUCAAAAACUACCAGCAGACCUUCAAAAAUUCUAUCACCAACAACGGCCACUCGGUAAAAGUCAACAUUCCUAUAACCUGCACCAUCUCGGGCGGAGACCUGUCGACCACAUACAAGGCCGUGCAGUUUCACCUGCACUGGGGUAAAGAUGGCGGGCCCGGCUCUGAACACACCGUCGACGGGGAGCAGUACCCCAUGGAGUUGCAUAUCGUUCACAUGAAGAGCAAUUAUGCUGACCUGGCAACAGCCCUGCGAGAUCCAAACGGGGUCGCAGUUCUUGGGUUUUUCUAUGAGGUGUCCAAGAGUCCAAACCGAAUGUACGACACCAUCAUUAGUGGGGUGGAAAGUGUCGCAUCCAAAAAUGUGAGCUUCUCUCUGCCCUCCAUCUCCCUGGCACAGCUGAUCCCUCCUGAGCAGAAACUGACUUCCUACUACCGCUACAAGGGUUCCCUGACCACCCCGCCGUGUUCUGAGUCUGUGGUCUGGACUGUGUUCGAAACCCCUAUCCCUCUGAGCAUGGACCAGAUGAAAGCUUUCUCCAAGGUCCAGUUCUACGACGGCAAGUCGAUGGCGAACAACUUCAGGCCUGUCCAGCCCCUCAACGGCCGGCUGGUGUACCGCUCAGCAGGCGCCACGCUCUGGGUCAGCUCAGCCCUCCUUGCUGCUGCCCUCACAACGGCACUGGGGCUGUCCCAGCCCAACUAACAAGCGAGUCGUCCCAUGCUGCACUGCGACAUUGAUAAGACCCAACAGAUCUGCGCCGGUCCUCAGCUGAGACUCCAACGUAGUUCUGACGUGUUUGCAAAAAGACAAUGGACCACGUCGUAGUGUAGGGAUUGCUCAAAUGGUGUUUCCCCCCUUGUGACC